AGAGAAAAAGGCAAACUAUUUGAAUAAAAAAAAAACACUAUAUAAGUACAGAUUAAAAUGUUGAAGAAAAACGAUUUUCACUGACAAAUAAAAAAACAAGAUGGCUCCCAACAUCGAUUGGGAUGCGAUCUCGUCCGUAGCGGAGUCAAAAGAUGUUGAAGAUGAUGAAGUGAUGGAGAAAGUCGCUGAUCUUCUUCAUGAUGCGGAGGCAGGAGACUUCUCUUCUGAUUCUCCGAAGUUGCAGCUUCUUUUUAAAUCCGCCUUGAGAAUUUUAGACUAUAGAGAAAAAGCAAUGCAAGAAAUCCUCAAGGAGCAAACAGAUCUGAUCGACGAAAAAGACGAAGAAAUUGAAGAUUUGAAUCGAGAGUUGCAACAAGAGAAGAAAUUUGCUGGUACAACUGGAGACACUGAUUUCAGUCGAGUAGAGCACCGAAAACUGAUAGAAAGUGUAGAAAUGUACAGAGAACAACUGAUCGAUGUGAAACGUGAGCUACAGGAUAUGACACAAGAACGAGACACGUAUGAACGUGAUAUGGAAGCUGGGAAAAAACAAUUAAAAGAAUUAAAAUCAGAGAAUCAAGAACUGCGUUACAAUUUGCGAGAAUACAGGGAAAUAAUGGAAAACCAGCAACAACAAAAACUUUCUACACAUGGACAAACUGAUGCAGAAACUAGAGAAAAACUUACACAGAAAAACAAGCAAAUAUCUGAACUGCUAACUCAAAUUACGACACUAGAGGAGCUAAACAGGGAUCUAAGCUCCGGGAAUCGGAAUCUAAAGAUGGAGAUGGAGAAUGCUCAGGAGGACAUGGAGAGGAUGGUGGAUGAAUAUGAGAAGAUGAGGAAGAUAAUCGGGAGUUCUGAUCGUUUUACGGACGAUCUGCACCGACAAAAUGCGCAAUUGAAAAUGCAGAUUUCGGAUCUUCGAGAGCAAAUUCGCUCCAAGACUGAAGAGGAGGACUUGAUUGCUGAAUCUGUGAACAAAAAGGUUGAGGAGUGGAGCAGAAUCUUGGAGGAGAGGAGGCAGAAGAUUGAAGAGCAGGAGAGGGUCAUUGGAGUCCUCCAGAACAAAAUUACAUCCGCAAAUUUGGACCAAGAUCGGAUAAAAGUGGAACAACUGACAAAAAAACUUGAAGAAAAACAAAAGCAACUGAAAGAAAUUGAAUCUGCAUUAAAUCAAGCUGUUGGUGACUUGGAAGAGCAAACAGCGAUUGUUCAAGAUUUGCAGAAAAAUAAAGGAACCAAUCGUGAAACACUGGCAUAUAAGUCUCAGAUUCGUAACUUGCAGGCUGAUGUAGCAAAACUAGAAGAAUCCACGCGAGCUGCUGAAAAACAUCGCGCUACAGCAGAAUCUGAGGCACAAGAAAACGACUACAAACUAACAGAAGCAUUAAAACGUAUUGCGUUACUCGAAUCCGGGCAAUAUGGCCUUACAGAGGCAGUUAAUGAAAUCAAAGAGUGCAAAAACCAGACCAGAUUAUGUGAGCAGGAAAUUGUGGAUUUAACAAGACAAGCAAAUCAAUUGGAGGAAAAACUAAAUGACCUCCUGGAGGAGAAUGAGGAGUACAGGGAGCGGUUGGGAGUCGAUCCGAGAGACCUCCAGGACAUUUUACCUCUUCGGAAGUCCAGAGCCCUCCGCCAGCAGCAAUAUCGUGCAGAAAAUCAAGUCCUCUUAAAAGAGAUUGAAAGAUUAGAGGAGGAGAGAAUUGACUUCAAGAGGCAGAUUCGUGCCCAAGCUCAGUCCCACACUCAGAAAGCAUUAAAUGAAGGUCUAGGAUCUGAUGAUCUAGAUUUAAUUGAUCGUUUUAUUGAAGAUGUGAAAAAGAAGAGAAUGCAAGGAGUUUCCCCACAAUGGCCGACCCCCACUAGUGUAGAAAUGCGGUCAUCAAGUGAAGGUAAAAUGAUGCAAACAAUGGAAGAAUUAAAUCGGGAAUCGAAUUUAUCGGAACGAAAGUUACGAGACGCACAAGUCGAAAAUUUAAAAUUACAAAAAGAAUGUCGUACAAUUGUGACAGAAAACAGCCAACUACGAGUAGCUAUGAAAGAAAUAUUAGAAGCUAUUAAGAAAUCUCAAGAAACGCAAACUCAAAAUGUGAAAAUACCUUCACUGGAUAAAUUGUUAAGACUUACAGUUAAAAACACGUUUAAUUAAAAGAAAAAAGCGUGG